AUGAGUGCGAACAGAGUAAUUUCCGUCCAAACAGAGGAGCUCUUCCAAGCAUGUGAAGCUGGUAAUGAGCAAGUAGUUGCAGACCUGAUCCAGGAUUCUCGUGCUGACGUUAACUGGCAGUGCAAGCAGUCGUAUGGAGCUACACCACUCGUAGUUGCCAUCUCUAAUGGUCAUUUAGAGGUCGUCGAGAUGUUAUUAAAAGCUAAUGCAGAGCUUGGAGUGCUUAAAACUCCUGAUCGUAACAGUCCGUUACAUGAAGCGGCUUCAAAAGGCGAUCCGAAAAUUCUACAGCUAGUAUUGAACAAGGUCUUUGACAUAUCAAGCGACGAUGCCUCGGAUCUUAUCAACUUUCAAAAUCAGUUUGGCAACACGCCGUUACACAAUGCAGCACGAACAGGUAACCCCAAGUGCGUCGCUCAGUUACUACAAGCUGGCGCGGAAUACUCGAUACGAAAUACCAAUGGAUCUAUUCCACUACACCACGCUUGCUACUGUGAAAAGCUGAACUUGGAAGUUGUUCAACUGCUCGUCGAAGCUGGUUCAGAUGUCGAUGCACUAGACGAGCAGCAUCAAUCACCGCUUAUUGUAGCUGCUAAAAAGAAUCAGUUAGAGGUAAUGAAAUAUCUGCGAGACAAAGGUGCUGAUGCCACACUUGAGAAUUCGUUUGGCGAGAAUGCACAUCACUUUGCGAAGCUGUGCGACAACAACAGCAAUACAUUUCAAUCGAAAUGA